CGGGAGGGAGGUGCUGGCAGCCGCUGCCGCCGCCGCCGCCAUGGAGCCGGUGGGCAGGCGCGGCCGAGCUGCCGAGGAGGGCCCGCGGCCCGAGGAGGAGGAGGUGGACCCCCGCAUCCAGGGAGAGCUGGAAAAACUGAAUCAGUCUACAGAUGAUAUCAAUCGCAGAGAGACGGAGUUGGAGGAUGCACGCCAGAAGUUCCGCUCCGUGCUGGUUGAAGCAACAGUAAAACUGGAUGAACUGGUAAAGAAGAUAGGAAAAGCUGUAGAAGACUCUAAACCUUACUGGGAAGCUCGGAGGGUGGCCAGGCAGGCACAGCUGGAAGCUCAGAGGGCGACUCAGGAUUUUCAGAGGGCCACUGAAGUGCUGCGUGCUGCGAAAGAGACCAUUUCACUUGCUGAGCAGAGGCUACUGGAAGAUGACAAACGUCAGUUUGACUCUGCCUGGCAAGAGAUGCUCAACCAUGCUACUCAGAGGGUCAUGGAGGCAGAACAGACCAAAACGAGAAGUGAGUUGGUUCACAAGGAGACUGCAGCCAAAUACAAUGCUGCCAUGGGAAGGAUGAAACAGCUGGAGAAGAAGCUGAAAAGAGCCAUCAAUAAAUCAAAACCUUAUUUUGAACUCAAGGCAAAGUACUAUGUCCAACUAGAGCAACUGAAGAAAACAGUGGAUGACCUGCAGGCAAAACUGGCCCUAGCAAAGGGAGAGUAUAAGACUGCCUUGAAAAACCUGGAGAUGAUCUCAGAUGAGAUUCACGAGAGGAGACGGUCCACUGCCAUGGGGCCCCGAGGAUGUGGCGUGGGUGCUGAAGGGAGCAAUAUCUCUGUAGAAGACCUGUCAGCAAGUAAACCGGAGUCGGACACCAUCUCCAUGGCUUCAGAAGUGUUUGAGGAUGACAAUGGCAGCAGCUUCAUAUCCGAAGAAGAUUCGGAAACUCAGUCGGUGUCCAGCUUCAGCUCUGGUCCUACGAGCCCCUGUGAGGUGCCCACUCAGUUUCCUCCUGCAACGCGACCUGGAAGCCUGGAUCUGCCCAGCCCUGUAUCCCUCUCUGAGUUUGGGAUGAUCUUUCCUGUCCUCGGCCCCCGAAGUGAAUGCAGCGGGGCAUCCUCCCCCGAGUGCGAAGCUGAAAGAGAUGAAGCAUGGCUACUGCACCUAAACAAUCUGCAAGAGGCACAACAUGAGGUGUGGCUUCUCCUGUGACACCAGCAAGCAGGUUUCAGGUUCUAGCUUUGUACCUGGACCAAUUCUCCCAGGUCAGCUAGGUCAACUGAGGAAACAAAAGGCAAGCUACUUUCACCCCAAGAAACAAACUAGAAACACCCUCCAUAAGCAACUAUUUUCAUUUCCAAGUAAAUUACACUCCAGAGUUCCUGGUUGGAAAAGACUUUGAAAGAUGUAUGAAGGUAAGCAGUGGAGAUGGAAUACCAGCACACUCAUCUAGGAGUCAGCCAUAGAAGAGGAGGAAUGGCUACUCUCCGAGUACUUCAAGGGUAAGGAAGAAACAAAUCUCUCCACCUGAAUAUACUGAGGAGAAAGACAGAAGUAAAGCUUCAAGAUAGCAGAGUUCCUUCAAUCUUCUUUCAUCCUGGGAAGAAGGAGGUACUUUUUGAUCACCCCGAGGGACAAAGCCUACAGUCAUCUCAACAAAAGAAUAUGCUAGUCAAGAUUAAAAGAAACUUGAGCAGUAUCUGUACCUAAUGAAAUACCUGAUAAAAGCAGUUGUUAAUAUAAGAUAAUUUCAGACUAACUUCAACAUCUGCAAGUAAUAUUUGCAUGCACUGACACAACAGAAGGAGGAACACAGCAGAGGAAAAAACAGUAUGCUGCUGCAGUAAAUUUUAUCUAAUAGGCUGAAAAUGUUCUGCUCCAACAGCCAAAGUGGAAAAACUAGAACAGUUCUACUAACUCUUGAUCUGGUUACCCUGUAUGACCAGGGUUCUUUAGCCUACAUAAAACCAUGUUACAGAAUUCAGAGAAAAGAAGAUUUUACUCUACCAUGUAGCAAAAGUAACAUUCCCCUCCCAACAGCCCACGUAUAUUUACAUUAUAAAAAGGGAAAAGAAGGGAAAAAGAAAAACAGACUUGGUGGAGUUACAUUAUGAUGGUGAGCUCUUCCUGUAAUUAGUUAAGACAACUGGACUUAAGGGAAAAAAGCAGUACCUGUAAUUAUAUUCUCCAUCAUUUACAUAAUGGCCAAUUAAUCCUUACCCUUAAUUUCAGUGUGAAUUGAAUUAACUCAUAACAGCUUUAAUGUUGAGCACUGAGUAAUCAAGUAGUAUUUUUACUAGUUGUGGCAUCAGUAGACCAUUAUGUUUUCAGAAAGUGUUACACGCAAAGAUUUCCCUUAAAUUACUUCCUUUAAUCUAGUCAGAAAGUAAUAUGGCUGACAUAUUAGCAAGUCAUCUUCAGUUUUAACUAUUUUUAAUUCCUGUUUUAGUGUUGCAUUUGCUCCAGGGCAAAAAUUAACAUGAAAAAAGUUCCAGAAUAUUUCUGUUUUUUUAGUAUAAUCCAGUUCAAGAAAAAAACAUAAAUCACAAGUCCCCAUAAAUUUACAGUGUUGAAGAGCAACAUAACAUAAAGACUGGAAGAAACACUAAAAAAAAUAAAAGGAAAAAAAGAUUUUUAAAAUAGUUUUUGGAAAUACAGGUACUCCAUUUUUAAGCCAGUCUUUAAGGAUCAGUCACUUGCGUAAGUGGAAGAAUUUCUUACCA